AUGAUCGGGAUGGUUCUGAAUCGCCAACCCCGGAGUGGCGACGACCGCGAGGUCCUGAGUCUCGCGAGGAGCAAAGACCGUCUCAAAUCAUCUCGAAUCACAGAAUUGAGCGGUAAGUGCUGGAUAGAGGAAGUGGAGACAGCCGACUUCGGAGAGGAGAACUAUCGAAGCAAGAGCCGCCGCAAGGACCCGUCGCCGGACGAUGCUCCAUGGUGGCUCCGCCGAGGGACGGCGCGUCAGGCGAAGCACGAGGAUCGGCGAAGUGCUUCGCCUGCUUCGCCUUCGCCCGAGCCUACACCCUGGUGGAUGCGACGGGGCACCGGCUUGGGAUGGCAGCCAAAUGGUGAGGGUGCCCCACCGAAGGAUGAGGUCCUUAGUGGAGAGGACACGCCUCCUUUACCCAAGCAAGAGCAGGAUGACGAGGGAAGCAUUACACCACCUCUGCCGGAUGAAGAAAGUGAGACGCCACCCUUGGAGGAGCCAGAGGGAAGCUCGGUGCCAGAGCCUUUGCGACCACCAAGACGGGAGAGGCUGCUAAUGCCACCGCAGCCACCUCCAAACAGAGAAGUGGAAGGCAUGGUAUUGCAGGCACUACGAGAGAGGGAUCCCACCAUCCCUGACAGUUGGCCCGCGAUAGUUGCAGCAGCCUACGCGAAUGAGAUGGACAGUAUCCAGUGGCUGAUUGGUUCCAAGGCUGAUGUGAAUGCCAUCACCUCGUCAAAGUCCACUGCGUUAUGGCAUGCUGUCAACAAUCAGAAUGCGGGUAUGGUUCACUGCCUCCUAGAAGCACGAGCCGAUCCAAAUCACACGAAGAAGAAUGCCAAAGGCGUCAGGCGUUCUUUGCUGGACAUAGCCAACAAUGAUGGAGCCCCUCCGCCCAUCGUCAACAUGUUGGAGAUAGCAGGUGGCCUUCGCAACAAAGAUUUGGAGCGAGGCCGACAGGCAAAACGCCCGUUUGACUCGGAGAUGCUGGCCGCAGCAGCAGCAGAAGCUGGAGGACCUCGAAAGCGGCCACGCUUUCGCCAGAUUGUCGGGGAGGACGACUCCUUCCACAGUAUGCUGACAAGAAUACGGGACUUGGAUCCGAAAAACGAACCAUCCUCUCCAUCCACACCGCCCUUGGACUCAAGGCCAGGGAGAGCAUAUGCCGAAAGAUCUGCCUUCAAAAAGGCCUACGCCAGAAAGAUGUUACCACUUUCUGGCGAGAAGCCCGUGCUGGACUUCUCUGCCUACAGCACUGCGUACAACACCUCAGUCACCACGAAUGACCGUCCUUCCUUGUCAAGGCCACUGUCACAGGCUGAGGCACCGAGGCGGCGCAUGUUUGCUGGGAUAGAGAUCCCUGGAGUGCGUGGCUUGCGAGGUCACGAGGCAGAACGCUGGCGGAGAGGCAUGGGUUUCGACUUCGAACUGACGAAUGCCGAAGAUAAACCCGAGGUUUUGAUGGAUCCUUGGGGCUGUUCUUUGGCUGGGAAGCACACAUCGAAGGAGUCGGAGGCGCCGGAGGCGCUGGAGGCUGAUGGCCCGCAGUUUUCUCAGGAGCGGCUACCUCCCAAGCGCAUGCCCGCGCCGCCGCGAGUACCACUGAAGGCGAUGCCACCACCGCCCCCACCGAAGGCGAUGCCAGCAAUGCCGGUGCCACCUGCCAUGGCAAACCCACUAAGCCCUCCAAAGAGUCAACCACCUGGGCACCUUUUGACAAAUCACCCAAGCAGGGAAGAAAGUGGCCAAAGCAGUCACACAGAACCAAGAGUUGGAGAAACUACAGGCGGUGCCAAUGCUAUUUCUGAACCUUCCGCGCUUGUAAAGGCCAAAGCUAUGCCUCGCAAGCCAGAAGGCGAUGGAUUUGCAAGUGGCAGCAAAGAAGCGGGGUUCACUUCAACAGGAGCCUCGCAGGUGCCCCAGCCACCGGAAUCAUGUGCAGGCCUGGCGGACCUUCCAAAGUUGCUUGAAGAAGGUCAAGACAGGGAUGACGAGGCUGCAGAGGAAGAGCUUCCUAAGAAGGCUGCGCAAACAAAGGCAGCAGCUGCCGCAGUCGCCUUCUCCCCAAUGAAUGCACUCAUGGGUUUAGAGCAGCAGGACAAUGACCUUUUGAGGAGGCAAAUGAAUAUAGUAAGAGAAAUGGCUGGGGGAUCAAAGUUUCAUGAUCCUGCUCGUGAUCCAUCGGCUUACCGAAAGCAAGCGCAGAACAUGUGCUUGAUCGAGGUGAGUCAACUGAAGUUCUGCCACAAAGAUAUCGGUCAACGUUUUACCCAUGGCAGACACCGUGGCCAGCCGGUGCUGAAGCUAUUGGAGGAGCUCCAUGCUCGGCGAGUGGAUGCAGAAGAGCUACCACCCCUUGUCGUGAUGCGUAAGGAAAACACCUUGCAAGUGGUUUGCGGAAAUCGCAGACUUUAUUGUUUGAAGAGGUAUGCACUUGAAGCCUCACGCGCGGUGAAUGUAUGGUGCGUCGUGUACGACCUGAAAUCGAAGGAAACUCCGCGUCCGUUGGUCUUCAAGAUACUCGGUGAGUAUCGGUCUGUGGAUGGAGCAUCAUGUACCGUACAUGAUGAUAUGCAUAAGUGCAAAUAUGUAAUUACACACACAUACAUACAAACACACACACAUAUAUAUAUCACAUGCAUAUGUAACAUAUGUAUACAUAUAUGUAUACAUAUGUAUACGUAUAUUCGUGUAUAUAUAUAA